ACUAAUACACUAUCACUGAUGACGCGUCUUCAGUAUUCAUCAUUGCCCUCUCUAAGUCUCAACUUUGUGUCUCCUUCAUCAAUACCCAGCAGCUUCCGCUUACUUUUCUUUCUCUCUUCACAAAGAGUUUCUUAAUUGAUGUUAUUAAUUAACUGUUUAGUGUUAAUAACCACAACUCUUGUUCAGCACAUACAUACACUUCUUCAAACUUCAAACAUAUGGCGUCCGCCUCUUCUUCCACUUCAAUCCCACUACCACCACCACCAAGAUCAUGCACCUAUCACGUAUUCUUGAGUUUCAGAGGAGAAGACACUCGCACAGGUUUUACUGGCCAUCUCUAUGCGGCCCUCAACAGGAAGGGAAUCACAACCUACAAAGAUGACCAAAACCUUCGCAAAGGCCAUGUUAUUUCAAAAGAACUCCUCAAAGCAAUUGAAGAGUCCAUGUUUGCAGUUAUCGUUUUUUCACCGGACUACGCUUCCUCCAGUUGGUGCUUGGAUGAGCUCCAAAAAAUCAUGGAGUGCAACAACAAAGUGGGACAACAGAUCGUGCCGGUGUUCUACGAUGUGGAGCCUUGUGAUGUGAGGCACCAAAUAGGAACCUUUCAUGAAGCUUUCAAGAAACACGAACAGAGACAUAACCGUGAGAAGAUCAAAAGAUGGAGAGAUGCGCUAACACAAGUUGCUACUCAUUCUGGUUGGACCUCCAAAAAUCACGACGAAGCAGUACUUGUGGAAAAUAUUGCUCAACAUAUAUUUGAAAUAUUGAUUCCUAAGUUUCCAUCUUCAAUGAAGAAUCUUGUGGGGAUUAAUUCAAGAGUGGAACAAGUGAUUACUCUCAUUGGCCUUGGAUUGAAUGAUGUUCGCUUUAUAGGCAUAUGGGGAAUGGGCGGCAUAGGUAAGACCACUAUUGCUAGAGCUGUCUUUGAAACCAUUCGAUGUAGUUUUGAAGUUACUUGCUUUCUUGCUGAUGUAAGGGAGAACUGUGAGAAAAAAGAUAUUACUCACAUGCAAAAGCAACUUCUUGAUCAAAUGAAUAUAAGUUCAAAUGCUGUUUAUAACAAGUAUGAUGGGAGGACAAUAAUUCAAAACUCUUUACGUCUCAAAAAGGUACUUCUUGUUCUUGAUGAUGUAAAUCAUGAAAAACAAUUAGAAGAUUUGGCUGGAGAAAAAGCUUGGUUUGGUCCUGGAAGCAGAAUAAUAAUCACAACUAGAGAUUUCCAUCUGCUAAGGAAAAAUAAGUUGCAUGAAACUUAUAACGUUGAAGGAUUAGUGGAAAAUGAAGCCCUUAACCUCUUUUCUUUAGAAGCUUUUAACCUGCCAAAACCUUCAGAAGAGUUUUUGGCGUUGUCCAAAGAAGUGGUCAAAUACAGCGGUGGUCUCCCAUUGGCACUUAAAGUAUUGGGUUCCUAUCUUAAUGGUAGAGGUAUUGAGGUUUGGCAUAGUGCUAUUGAAAAAAUAAAGCAUUUUUCACAUUCUGAAAUUAUUGAUGUAUUGAAAAUAAGCUAUGAUGGUUUAGAUGAUAUGGAAAAAGAUAUUUUUCUAGAUAUUGCUUGUUUCUUUAAAGGAUGGCAGAAACAUCAUGUAACAGAGAUAUUAAAAAGAUGUGGUCAUGAUGCUGAAAUCGGUAUUGAUAUUUUGAUUAAUAGAUCAUUGAUCACUAUAGACAAAUAUGAUUAUGAUUAUUGGUUGGGGAUGCAUGAUCUGCUUGAAGAAAUGGGCAAACGAAUUGUAAUUCAGGAAUCUCAGAAUGUUGUUUGUAAGCGUAGCAGAUUGUGGUGUUUGGAGGAUGUUGAAUUUGUACUUACUCAAAAGAAAAAAACUAAAGCAACUCAUGGCAUCGUUCUACAUGAGUGGUAUAGCGAGACUGAAGUGAAUCAGAGAGAUUUAUCUUUCUCAAAAUUGUGCCAGUUAAAGCUACUCAUUUUAGAUGGCGUGAAAGCUCCCAUUCUCUGCGAUAUUCCUUGUACAUUAAAGGUAUUUUGCUGGAGACGUUGUCCAAUGAAAACUCUGCCCCUUACAGAUCAUCAACGCUAUGAGCUUGUUGAAAUUAAUCUGUCUAAAAGCCAAAUUGCAGAGUUAUGGGAUGGAAAGAAGGUUUUAGAAAACUUAGAGCACUUAUAUCUAUCAUGGUGCAAGCAGCUGAAGCAAACGCCAGAUCUUUCUGGGGCUCCCAAUCUUAAAAAACUUAAUCUUCGGGGAUGCGAGGAGCUGGAUUAUAUUCACCCGUCUCUCGCACACCACAAAAGGCUUGUUGAAUUGAAUUUAGAAGAUUGUAAGAGACUUGAAACACUUGGAGAUAAAUUGGAGAUGAGUUCACUCGAGAAACUAGAUCUUGAUAGCUGCAGUAGUUUGAGAAGACUGCCAGAAUUUGGGGAAUGCAUGAAAAAGUUAUCGAUUCUUAAUCUGAGAAAUACAGGUAUAGAAGAGCUACCCCCAACGCUUGGAAAUUUGGCUGGCGUGUCUGAGUUGAACUUAAGUGGAUGCGACAAGAUUACUGGUCUUCUCUUAUCACUUGGAUGUUUCGUUGGCCUUAAAAAGUUGGUGUUACGUGCUCUUCCACAGAAAACUGAUGGGUUAGAGUCCCUCACAGUCAGAGCUGAUUAUGAUGAUUCUGACAGCUCAUCUAGAGAAGAGUCGACCCUUUCCUAUGAUAUUGCCCACUUAGCCUCGUUGACGUAUUUGGAUUUAUCUCGGAACAGGUUUUUAAGAGUUCCUAUAAGUAUCCAUCAACUUCCCAGACUUACACAUCUAAAGCUAUCUUUUUGCGAUGAAUUGGAGGUUUUACCAGAGCUUCCAUCAAGUCUAAGAGAAUUAGACGCACAGGGUUGUUAUUCACUGGAUAAAUCAUAUGUUGAUGAUGUCAUAUCAAAGACGUGUUGUGGCUUUGCAGAAUCAGCUAGCCAAGAUCGUGAAGACUUCUUGCAAAUGAUGAUCACAGGGGAGGAAAUUCCAGCAUGGUUUGAGCAUCAGGAAGAAGAUGAGGGAGUAUCAGUCUCAUUCCCACUUAAUUGCCCUUCAACUGAAAUGGUCGCACUUGCUCUCUGUUUCCUAUUUAACGGUAUCGAAGGAUUACAGCCUUCGGUGAUCUGCAACGGGAAAGAAUUCAUUAACGCGAGUUUUUACUGGUGGUCUAGUUUAUAUAAUUUGUUGUUCAUUGUGUGCGUGAACGGUUACUAUUUUAGUAAGCUGUUAUGCCACCACAAUCGCUUCCAAAUGUUAUUUCCAUAUGCUGACCAUCUUGGUAUCCGAGUACAGAGAUGUGGAGCACGUUGGGUGUACAAGCAAGACAUUCAAGAUUUCAAGAAAAGAAAAGCAACUCUAGAAGACUUCAACUGAACAUGGACAUGAUUUCACAUUCUUCAGCUUCUAUAAAUAAGAUGCUCGUGGUUGACUCUCCACUGUAUGAACAAGAGAUAGAGCCAGCCGCCACAGCGGAGGGCUCUAUUCCCCAUUUGGCAUCUCGCAAAAGCUCUCACCCACCUCAUAGCUCAUGACACACCUUUCUUCCCUUUGCAUCCCAGUUCUCAUAGCUCAUGACACACCUUUCUCAAUAUAUUACAGCAUAGAACUUGUCUGACAACCCAGAUUGAGAUUCAUUAAAGAGGGAAAAAGAAAAUCUGCAGGCCACGGAGGGUACCAAUGUCAACUUAGUUGCCAUUCUUUUAGACAUGGUAAUCGAUGCAUCAUCCCUUAGAGAACAUAUAGAAUGUGCAAAGCUUAUCACCUUUACAUUCUCUGAUUGACCAAUGAUAACUUCAAUGAUGAAUGUCGCCGAGAUCUCGGGUUUUAAACUUUAAACUUUUGAUUCAGCCCCAGGAACAGGUCAGCCAAGGUGAACCUGAAGAUUUUUCUGAUUAUCAUUUUUUUCAUGCCAAAAUAUAAUUCCCCUUCAACUGAAACCAUUGCACUUGCUCUUUCUUUCCUAUUUGAUGUUGACAAAGACUCGGAAGAACAGCCUUCGAUGAUCUGCAAUGGUAAAGAAUUCAUCAACGGGAGUUUAUUGAACAUGUCGCAUGGAGGAGAUAAUUUAUGCAUUAUCUGCGUGAACCGUUACUAUUUUAGUCACUUGUUAUGCCAACACAAUCGCUUUCAAAUGCUAUUUCCCAGUAAUUAUGAAAUCCGAGUAAAGAGAUUUGGAGCACGUUGGGUGACUAAGCAAGACAUUCAAGAUUUCAAGAAAAGAAAAUCCCAAACAGGGAAAACAAAAGAAACUCUUGAACUGAACAUGGACAUCAUUUCACAUUCUUCAUCUUCUAGGAAUAAGAUGCUCGUGGUUGACCCUCCAAUGUAUGAAGAAGAGGAAGAGCAUGAUUGCCAAGCUUAGAUCUCUUCAGCUAAAUGGUUCCUCAUAUUUGAAGCUUUUGACACAGCUCACUGCAUCCAUUCAACUUCCAUUUGAACCCAGAAAGAAAUGUAAAUCUUGAGUUUAUUUGAAGUUUGUAUUUUAGUUUUAAUUCUUUUUCAAAUUGCGGAUAUGAGAAAAAAGAGGGAUAGGUUGGGGAGGAAUAUGAAUUGAGCAUUUGGAGGUUGUAUUUGAGUGUGAUGGCUUUUCUACCUUUUUUUUUUCUUUUCUCCUUGAAUAUCUUGAGGACAAAAUUUAAUCUUUGGUUUCAUGUGUAAAUUGUUACAAUGGGGUUAUAGGGACUUUUUAAUUGGGUUGGAGGGUUUUUAGGUAGAUAGCUUGAGAUUGACAAUGUUUUGAAUUUUAUGUUGCUGCGGCAACGAGUGAGACUUGGCAAGCAUGACGUGACAGAUUCAGAUUCAUUAGAGAGUGAAGGAGAAAAUCUGCAGCCCAUGACAUCUUUUCUUUCCAAAAAAGGUCCAGCUUUCAAAGAAAAGAAUACACAUUGGACAAAAGCAACUCUCUGUGCCCAGAUACCUUUAUAUCUUCCAUUUUUCAACCAAGUUCAUCUUGAAUUGUAUCAAAGGAUUUGCAGUGUAGGAACCUUUCUAGUUUUGAUUUUGUAUCCUCCUUUAAUUUGAAAACUUCUAAUCUUAUUGUUGUUGAAAAUGAAUUGUGAUCUUAA